AAGCUGCGGUCUGCGCGUGUGAUUUCGUGCAUGGGUUCCGAUUUCCAAUGUUUAAUUCCGUUUUUGCCGGUUAAAUAGUUCUAAAAGCUCACGAUUCGGUUUCAUAAUGGCUCUAAAAGAAGAAAUUCUCGCCCGGCUCAACAACCCGGAGCAAGAUUUUAUCACCAACCUGACCUAUGGGAUAAAGUUAUGGCGGUCCAACAGCUUUUACUAUAUGUCCAAGUACGAGAUCGUUUUUGAGUUCUUUAUUGAUGGAUUGAUGGAUUUUGCGAAGGACGUCUCGCCGGAACAGAUCGAAGAUAAAUGGGCAAUUGUAAACGAAUUUUUGGCUCUCCCAUGCCUUUCAAACGCACUACCCCCAAGAAUAAUUCCUAAGCUAUUGGAGGUGUUAAAAAAACUGAGUGGCAUCGUUGGAGAUAAUCGGAUCGUAUUGGAAAGCUACCUGAUAGUAGCGUUCGAUACAAAGUAUAAAAACUUUUACAAGUUCAAUUUCGACAGCUACACGCAAGCCUUGGCUCUGGCUCUAAUCUGUUUCCGGAAAGUAAUGACUGGGAAAUUUGAUCCAACUCAGGAAGAAGAAACGAUGAAACGGAUUCUAGACGAUUUGAAGAUCUAUGUUGCUACGGCAGGUGAUGAUGCGAAAUGGCAAAAGGCAUUCAAGCUGGUGCUAAGAGAGUUGUGUGAAGUUGUUCUGAUACUCAAAUCAAACGGAUUGGACUACCAAGAGGAGUUGCUGGAACUAUUCAAACGCAUUUUCUUUCAGAAUGGUAGAGCAUCAGAGUACAACCGAAUCACGACAGAAAACACAAAACGUCUACUGAUGGGACAUUUCGAUACCAAAAAGUAUCCGCUUCAUGUUACGGGACUACUCAUCGAAGGAUAUCUCAGAGCGUACAGAGAUACAAAGAUUGACGUGUUGUUGCUUUUGAAGUACAUUUUACUGUACGUUUUUGUGGACCCUGAAAAGUCGCUCAUAUCAGAUAUUCAUGAAAUAUUCCAUCUCGUAAAAUACGUGUUCCAUUUGCUAAAGAAGUAUUUCAUAAAAAUUGACCAGCAACUGGUACAGGAUUUUGAUUUCAAUGGGAUUUUUACAAUCAAAUUGAAAGAGUUUCUACAAAAAUAUGGAAAUUCUGAAGCACAAUUACGAGAUCUCUUCUCACUGAUUUGCACCAUCAAUGAAUAUAAUCCACUAAUUCUAGAAACGAGCAUCAUAGAUAUUUUGCUAAGAACAAUGUUCAUUCCGAAGGAUCCGGAAAUGUUGGCCAAAUAUCAAGACAUGCUGAUAUCCACAAUCGAUUUAUACGUCAAGCUGAAUCGAAGUGAAAAUUUCCGGGAGGAACUUUUUAUGAAACUGGAAGACUAUCUGGAUGACAACGAUUUGGCUGAUAGCUUAAAGGAUCUGCGGAAAACAUCCUUGAAACGGAAGUCAUGUGCUGAUGAAGAACUUUCUACCAAGCGAAGAAAGUUAGAUGAUGGAACAAUUUCUGAAACAAUCGAAUCAAAAGAUCAAUUUGUAUUUUUUGAGGCACUGUAUCCUGCUAAAAUGGAAAUCGUUCAACUUAAGCUCACGCAAACCUGCAAUCAAUGGAAAUCCCUAUCAUUUGCGUGGCCAGAUUCCAACGGUAGAUUGAGCCGUGCCAUGCUGGACUACGUCAAAGGAUUGCUUACGAAACGGAGCUUCAACUAUUGGUAUAAAAUGCAAAAUUUCAUCAGCGACGUGCUUGCAUCGCUUGAAGAGGAGCAAACAGAGACAGAGCUUUUCAAGCUCGAAUUUUCAAUCUGUUGGAUGUGUUAUUUCUUCGCCGGAAAUACCUUGGUUGAGCAAACUAAUUUGUUCUGGGAGAAAUUGAACAAGUUUUUCACUGAGUUCGAUGCAAUCAUGGAGUCUUUUGGAAAGAUUCUUCUUGGAAAUGAUAAUCCAAAUGAACGAGUGCUGAGUUCGUUCUUAAAACUAGCAUAUUUUUAUGGGAAUUACCGAUUGCUUGUUCACUACUACCGGCCCGAUUCCAUUGAGGACACCGACAAUCAUUCAAUUCACAACUUCUUAAGUGACGAGCAAUGGAAACACCUUGAAUCUAUUGUUCCAGUAGAUGAAAAAAGUUAUUUCGAUCGUAUAAAUCUUCAGAAAAUUCGUGCUACAAAACUGAUCGAUGAUUCCUUGGAUGGUGCGAAUCAUUCGGAUACUGUCCAAAAAAUUGUAGAAAAUCCAGAUUUCAAUCAACUUCGUCCGCUGCUGCAGGACCAGUCGUCCUGUGGUUGGUUCCUACAGCUUCUCGAUUCUGAUCGUCAAAUAACUGUCAUAAAUCUGCUCUUCCAAAAUAAAUGUUUCGACGAAAUCACAUUUAUAAUUUCCCAACAAAUCGACGACAGCCAGCUGAUGGCAAUCAUCGUUACGACAAUUGUGAAGGAAAUAAUAGAAAAUGCCUUUGAAAACAGCAGUUCGGCUAUUUCGAAGAAAAUAUCCUUUGACGGCAUUUGGGAGUUCGAUGAAGAACGAUCGAUGAACAAAAUAAAGAAGCUCUUUUCUAAAAAACUAGAAAAAGGUUCUGGCGAUGUUGCUAUUGUUAACAUAGAGAUAGUUCAGAGCUUGUUGAAUAUUUUCGAUACGAUUAGACUGAACGAACUUCCUCAGGAACCAAAAAUUAUCAUAAUAUCAAUCAGUUUGCUUAUUUACGGCGAUCUCUUAAACAGCGAGCAACCCGAAUUGACGUCCAAACUGAAGAAUAUUCUGAACAAACAACUAAUCUUUGGAAUUAUGCCAAAUUUGUUCAAAUAUUUGACCGUCGACAUGCUCAUCGGAAUCUUCGGACAAUUCUCGCCACUGGUGGUGACCAUCUUUCGUCAGACAGCCGUCUAUCUCACCCAGGAAGCCUUCGAAUGUUGUCAAACGAUUCUGGAUCGAUUCCAGGAAUCGCAGUCCCAGGAAGAAACCUUCGAACUGGUGCUGAUGGUUUUCAACUGUUUGCAGAAGAACAAUGCAAAUCGUUUCAAAGCGAUAGAAGCUGAUCAGCUAGCUAAACUUGUGGCCGGUUACGUGGCGGCAAUCGAACAUUUCAUUUCCGCCAAAGAACCAACAGCUCGGAAGCUGCGUAAAUCGGAACCCAAUUUGUUCAACUACCUUCUCAAGGCAUGUUCGUUGGUGAUUCAUUUCAAAGUUGUUUCCAAACAAGAACUUUCUGAAGAGCUACGAAAUAUUUUCCUGGUUUACCUGGAUCAAGCACUCAAAAUGGACAGUAAUUUUUCGAGUGCCCUCCUGAUAAACGCUCUUCAAUACAAAGACUUUCUGCGAAUGGAGCCGGAAACAUUAGAAGUCCUCGUUGAAAACAGAUGGCUGGGAUUCCAAGCCCAACUUCGUCAAGAAAUAACCGAGGAUUCAAACAAGGAAACGGACGAAACUGACAUCGAUGGAAACCUUCUAGUUCAAAAUGUGAAACUGUUUUCAUCCUUUCUGACUCAUCAUCAGCCGGCUGACAAAUUGACUGCUCGUUUUGAACAACUGGAACAGAAAUUGGCGACUGAUUCUAGUCCCAAGGAUAUUCGGUUUGUUCUGAGGGUGUUCGCCACAUUUGCUAAAAAUGCUUUCGUUUCCGGAUUUUCUCAAGAUAUGGAAAAGUCUUUCGUUCGAGCAUUUGGCAGUAUAGUAGCCAACCAUAUCAUGCCUUUGUGCGUGAUGAAAAAUUUCUUCGAGGACAUGGAUUGCCUCGAAGAAAUUUUGGCCUGUUUCGCGGCAGUCGUUGUCAACUCAAAGCUUACUUUAGUUCCUAGUAUAAUGGACAACAUAUUGGAGUUUUUAGGAUGCAUAAGCAUUCGGAAAUUUGUAGUGAAAGAUGGUUCAGAGAAAACGUUUUACAAACUACAUCGUUCUAUUAGCGAAGUUUUAUAUUCCCUACUGGUGACCAGGCCAAAUUUCAUAGUCAAUCGUUUACCCCAUUACUUCUACGUGUACAAUGGUUUGAUUGCUUCCAUUAUAUGCUACAAAGAAGAUCGUCCCUUGGAGAAACCUUUGAAUAGUUUUGAAAUUCUUACCCUAUCGGACUUGAUGCUACCCUUGGAAAAAAUCUCCAACAUGUCUACCCGAAAACUGGAAUCCGAUCUGCGCAUAUUAGCCCCCUACAUUUUGGUACAAAUCGUAAGCUACAUCAUUCAGAGCAAACGGCCGGCUACGCUGCACGAGAAAAUAACCCGAAACGUGUACAACGUGUGCUACGAACUGAUCGGAAUCUACGACAAACAUUCGUCGGAGUUUAUCCUCCGAACCUGCGACGAGGCCACCAAAAACGUGUACACCGACAUCGUGAAAGGAUAUCGUCGGUAUCGUUCGUUCCGGGGUAAAGUGUAAACUUGUAAGUACUCUCAUUCAAUUUUUAUUUUAUUUUACUGUUUACAAGUCGAAACAUGAAAUUUCUAUAUUUUUUGAAAACAUGUGUGUGUGAU